CGUGAAUGACGAACUUGCACUCUUUCAUCCUCCCCACUCCAGCCCGUCCAUUUCUCUCUCAACAACCUCACACGCCAACAAAAACCUUUCUUCUGUCUAUUAAUGCAUGACUGUCACCGCACAUUAAUCUGUGCAGAAACUCAAACGAAAUCAUCGACCCAAAUAGCCCUUUGCACCUCUCCAUUAAACAAAUUACUACCUACAGAAGACAACCACUGCAACAAUCCACAAUCUAUGGAAGACAACAACAACGAAGUGCAAAAACACGUAGCCGUGUUAGCGUUCCCAUUCGGCAGCCAUGCUGCCCCACUCCUCAGCCUCGUCAAUGCAAUCGCGGCCACAGCCCCGUUUGUGAAGUUCUCGUUCUUCAGCACGGCUGUAUCCAACCACUCCACCUUCUCCUGUUCUGCUAAUCAGGUGAAUAACAUAAAGCCCUACGACGUGCCCGACGGCUUGCCGGAGGGCUACGUGGUUACCGAGAAUCCGAUUGAGCCAAUGGAGCUGUUUCUGAAGGCAACGCCGGGGAACUUUAGGAGCGUUACGGAAGCCGCGGCGGCGGAGGCGGGGAGUAAGAUCAGCUGCGUUAUGAGCGAUGCGUUUUUUGCGUUUGCUGGAAAAAUGGCUAAGGAAAUGGAUGUGCCUUGGGUCCCGUUUUGGACCGCCGGACCUCACUCCCUUCUCUUACACGUUGACACUGAAGUUAUCCGGCAUACACUAGGAUAUACAGUACGGGAUUCACAUGAAGACAAAAUCCUUGAUUUCAUUCCUGGAUUUUCCGCAGUAGGUGUAGCCGAUUUGCCUGAAGGAAUAGUGUUUGGAAACUUAGAGUCACCCUUUUCGAAAAUGUUAUACGACAUGGGAUUAGCACUGCCGCAGGCAACUGCUGUUGCCAUAAACUCGUUCGAAGAGUUAGACCCAGUAAUAGGGAAUGAGCUCAAGUCAAGAUUCCAAAAGUUUCUCAAUAUUGGUCCCUUUCCCCUAACAUUGUCUCCACCAUUCACUUCUGAUGAGCAUGGCUGCCUGCAUUGGUUGGACAUGCACAAAACUGCAUCUGUUGCAUAUAUUAGCUUUGGAAGGGUGAUAACACUGCCGCCGCAUGAGCUCACGGCAAUGGCAGAAGCACUGGAGGCAACUGGGAUUCCAUUCCUUUGGUCAUUUAGGGGCAAUAUAGAGGGAAAACUUCCGGAGGGAUUCAUGGAAAGGACGAGUAGUUCAAGAGGAAAAUUUGUUCCUUGGGCUCCUCAGAUGCAAGUCUUAGAACAUCGUUCGGUAGGAGUGUUUGUGACACAUUGUGGGUGGAACUCGGUUUUGGAGAGUAUUGCGGCUAGGGUGCCCAUGAUAUGCAGGCCAGUUUUUGGAGACCAGAAGCUGAACAGGCGGAUUGUGGAGUCCGUUUGGGGCAUUGGCGUGGGGAUUGAGGGUGGGGUUUUCACCAAAGAUGGAGCUGUAAAAGCCCUGGAAUUAACUUUGUUGAGUGAACAAGGGAAGAAAAUGAGAGAAAAAGCUGAAGCCUGCUUCAAACGGCCAGCCUUGAAAGCUGCUGGACCGGAUGGUAGCUCUAGAGAAAAUUUCAAGACUCUGGUUGAGUUAAUCACCAAGUAAAAUGGAAAUUAGUGAUACGAGUCUCGUGCUAUAUAUUAGAUCAUCGCACUACCAUCUUGCCGAGAGAGAGAGAAGAAGCUGCGAUACAUCAUGCAUAUGGCAUCAAUAUCUCGUUUUAGUAGGUGUUGAUCAACAUUGGAUUGGACUUCAACGGGAAAUUUAGUAAAAUAUAUCUUUUUAUGCA